CCAAGAUGGCGGAGUAGAUGCAGCUGCGGCGACGCUAAUGUUUGUUGCUUUAUUUUUAACCGUAUAAUCAAAUAUCCCGCCGGUAGUUUUUUUUCGUGCACGCGUUGGAUUAAACUCCCCUCACGAAUGUGCACCGUUUCCAGGAGCCGUGAGAAUUCACAUCGGUGCUGAUUUUGUAUUUUUGCCAGGGGGAGCAUCACUGUAAAAUGAAGCGGCAGGCCGAACGCGACGCGAGUCCGUCCAGGGCGCUCGCCAAACGCGUCCGCGAACGGGACCGAGAGCGCGAGGCGAACCCGCCGCUCGCGCUACUCCUCGCCGAGAGCCGAAGUUACCACAAACGGAGCCGCAGCCGAGAGCGGGAAAAACCGCGGGCGCGAGAAGAGCGCGACAGCCUCCAUCACCGCGAACUUGGACUACUGGGUCGAGCCCCGCUCCGUACCGCAUCGGUUUUGCCGAAAGUUAAGACCGCGUCUGCCGACAUUGUGGGCCCGCGACUUGAAUACAAGACACUACUUAUAAGCAACCUCGGCUCACAGCUUUCUGACGAGCACAUAGAGGACGGACUGUUUCACGAGUUUAAAAAGUUCGGCGACGUGAGCGUCAAGCUUUCUCACACGCCUGAACUGGGUCGCAUCGCCUACGUAAACUUCCGGCAUACGGAAAACGCGCGGGAAGCGCGGCACGCUAAAACGAGGUUGGUGCUUUACGAUCGCCCCCUCAAAGUUGAACCCAUGUACAUGCGGCGUCGAAGUGUCACACCUCCUGACGUAAGUUACGUGUCCGUGCACGGUGCUGCGUAUGCGUACAGACAGCGGUCUCUUUCUCCAGGUGCUGGAGGUAGUACGAGGGAUGUGAGAGCAAGGCAUUACGUAGAUGGUAUUGGACUCAGUCGGGAAAAAGUUUUGGACUAUUAUAGCGCCUUGGAUGAAAGGAGUCGUGCGUAUGCAUAUCAGCUACCCGAGGACGACUUAAAACCAGAGGACGAUCAGAGAGCCACACGGAAUUUAUUCAUUGGCAACUUGGAUCAUAACAUUUCCGAGGUGGAACUACGACAGGGGUUCGAAAAGUAUGGGAUUAUCGAAGAAGUGGUCAUCAAGCGGCCGGCGCGCGGACAGGGGGGUGCUUAUGCUUUUCUCAAAUUUCAGAACUUGGAUAUGGCUCAUCGAGCAAAAGUGGCCAUGCAGGGACGUAUGAUUAAUGGAAACCCGAUUAAGAUCGGAUACGGCAAAGCCAAUCCGACGACCCGGCUGUGGGUGGGCGGGCUCGGCCCGAACACAUCGCUGGCCGCUUUAGCCCGCGAGUUUGACCGCUUUGGGAGUAUUCGCACCAUAGACUACGUCAAAGGAGAUAAUUUUGCCUACAUUCAUUAUGAGAGCCUGGACGCGGCCCAGGCCGCCUGCACGCAAAUGCGAGGCUUCCCGCUGGGUGGUCCGAACCGCAGGCUCCGUGUAGAUUUUGCCAAAGCGGAGGAGACCCGUGCGUACCCUCAACAGUACCAGCCUCCUCUGCUCCCCCCUCCACAUUUCGACGUCCUGCCCGAAGUCUACGGACGGCACCGCAGUCUAGAAAGAGAACUUAGGGCAAGAGCACGUUCACCCUCCCAUCCCUUGUUUGUGGAACGGGAAAAAGACCGCCUGUCGGACCGAGAGUGGAGUCCGCCAAAAGGGGCGGAGCGGAGGGCAAACCCGGAUGCGUUUGGCCGAGCGAGGCCGCGCAGUCGUAGCCGCAGCCGGGAACGCUGGAUUAAAGAGCGAGAACUGGAACGUGCACAGGGGAAAACCUUGGAGGAGCGUCGCAAACGGAAGAGCCCCAGCCCCAUCGAGCGUGCCACAGAGGAGCGUGGAAGGUCAAAGGUACGCGGACGAGCUCCCUCCACCCCGGAGGACAGCCCGGACCGGGGCCGUGGGCGACUCCCAGACUCUACUUCCGAACCCCUCGAUCACACUCCUGACAUAAGCAGACACUCCGGUGACGAACGCUCCGCACAAGACGAGUCCUCGCACUCGAGGAAGGACGCCGAACGCAACCAUCGCAAAAGCGAAAGCGACCCCGACUCUCAAACGGAAAAAUCCAAAACGGACUCCAAAAAGCCCAGCACGCUCUCGGAAUACGCUCAGACUCUUAGUCGCGUGUGGCGCGGUUCUCUUGUUCUCAAAAACAGCUGCUUUCCCACAAACAUGCACAUGCUGGAAGGCGGUGCCAGUUUUCUUCAUUCCCUCAUGAGGGACAAUCAAGCGGGCGGAUCCAAGAUCACCCAGCUCAAAAUUGCUCAGCGGCUGAGGUUGGAUCAGCCAAAACUGGACGAGGUGACGCGGCGCAUCAAACUGGGCGGCCCGAAUGGGUACGCCGUGCUCCUUGCUGUCCAGGGACCCGUGGACCGCGAAGCCCCGGCUCCAGAACCGAGCCUUCAGCAGCGCCUUCUCCGAAACCUGGUGACUUACCUCAGGAACAAGCAGGCGGCCGGGGUCAUCGGUUUGCCUCUUGGUGGCCCCAAAGAGAAGGAGAUGGGGGGCAUGUUGUACGCUUUUCCGCCGUGCGAUUUCUCACAGCAAUAUCUCCAGACUGCGCUGAAAACUCUUGGAAAACUUGAGGAGGAGCAUCUGGUCAUUGUGGUGGUUAGAGACUCUUAACACUUCCAUUUCAAUACGUUAGAUAACACUUUAUUCCCACAACCAUCCAGACGUUAUGCCUUUUGAUUUUAGUGUUUUUAACUCCAUGGCAUUCACUCCAUUUACUUUUGAAAGGUUUUUAAUAUGGAAAAACUCCCCAACAUGCAUCAACAAACAUACCAGCGUGAUUUACUGUCGUUUUGACCAAACAUUGUUCGUAAGGGUCAUUGUCUUCUUAAAAAAUGUGUUUAUAAUGUGGCAUGCAACGCAAAUUGACAGAAUUAUUUGGGAUUAUUUGCAAUUUGAUGUAAUGGGUGUAAGAACAGGCGGCGUUUAUGAAAUACAAGCAUAACAAAUGUGCAUUUAAUCCACAAAUUGUGACGAUUUUAAAUUCGUUUCAUAAAUGAAAUCAUUGACCUGCAUUCAAGUAGAAUAAUAUGUUCGUCGCUUUUUAACACAUUUAACAAUUCUUGUCUCCCACAUUACAUAACUUUGUCCAUUUACACUAACUGGAUAAAAGUGUGUUUUUUCCGCUGUCAGCGAUAUACAGUACUCCAGAAGGCAUAUGGCAUCUACCUCUUAAAUCACGUUACGCAUCAGGUUUCUUCAACAAAAUGAACUUCACUGUUUUUGAGCCCACUGCAAUGCCAUUGUGUUUUAAAUAUGCCCCUGGAAUACUAACAGAGGUCAUGUGACUAUACGUGUACUGUACCAAUCCGAAUACACUAAAGUCUGUAACCAUUACGAACACUAUUGCUUGUGUAACUGUUUGUUUGUAUGCAGGAAUGUUUUUUAUGCAUUGUCCAUGUUUCGACUGCCCUCCUUUGUAUGACUUCUUGCCAAGUCAUUUUAACCCGGUAAAUUAAGCCAACGCUGGUUUUAACAGGUGCUUUUGUAACAGCUAUAAAAUGUCCAGCCAUUUCAGUUUCCUGAUGAUUGUCAAGCUCGAAUCAAGUGUUAUUUUGAGAUUUUAGUUAUUGGUGUUUGAAAGCCUGUCUGCCAACACUACAACCUUUGCACUGAACACAGUCAUUUUUUUGUUUUUAUUGCCUUCUGUUGUUAUAUCCCCUCUUUUAUCACUCCUUUUUGUAACACCUUUUUUCUAGGAAAUUCUUGUUUUCCUGUCUGUAUGCAAACCAUGUAUAACACAAAACUGUAAGUAAACAUGUUCUUGUUUUAAAUCUCA